AAGUGGGUAAUAACUAAUGGAGAUAUAAAGUUGAGUAAUCUAUAUAGUUUAAUGUGAGUAAUAAAACUCAAUGGCCGUAUACCAAAUUUAAACAAUACUCAUAACUCAAGUCGUAGUGGUCUUAAGUAUAUUUGUGUUAUAUAAUAACUACCAAUGUGCGAGAAAUAAACAUAAAAACUGAAAAUUGGAUUGGUUCUACUUCGUAACGAAAAACUAAAAAUGAGUGCAUUAUCACAGAAAUAGUUAGAUCAAGGGGCGUCAAGUGCGUGUGAAUAUAUUAUAAUAUGCUAUUUUUUAUAACUAAAUGUUUAUUCGAGAAAAUAUCGUAGGUUUCUAAUCAAUAAAAUCAAAUAUUGAUCUAAGAAAUUAACAAUAUGUCGACUAGACGACGGAUAAAAGUUUCAGGGGAACCCGAAGAGUCUAGUAUAGAAAAAGCAGUGGAAUUAAAUACUGUCGGCCGUACGAAUAUGGAAGGCGCUCCCAAUAGAUUGCUUCAUAGCGCUGGUAAUAUUGGUCGUUACAGGUCACUCUGUCAGUUGUCUCAGGUUUUUGGAAUUGCGAUUUUAGUAAUGAUGUUUUAUUGGCUUAAUUUUUAUCGUGGCGGAUUUGGUUUUUCUGAAGCUAAAAUAAUAUUCAACUUCCACCCAAUGCUUAUGAGCAUUGGAUUUAUAUAUUUAUUUGCCACUAGUAUUCUGCAUUUUCGGACGUUUCGUAAUGAAAAGAAGAAUACAUUGAAAUACCAGCAUGCAAUUAUUCACGGAUUUAUUAUUGUGCUCGUACUCUUUGGAUCAUGGUCCGCAAUAGCAUCACAUCUGUACGCUAGUCCACCAAUUCCAAAUUUCUACAGUCUACACAGUUGGAUGGGAAUUCUAACAAUGUUAAUGUUUAUUUCACAGUUUGUCGGCGGAUUCGUCUCUUUUCUAUUUCCAGGCAUAGCUGGAGAAUAUAGAGCUGCAGUCUUGCCCUACCAUGUAUUUAUCGGCGUAUUAACUUUUGGAUUAGCAAUUGCAACGUCGAUUCUGGGAGUUAGCGAAAAAACCAUAUUUGCUUUGGAUAGAAAAUAUAAGGACUUGCCUACUGAAGCACUGCUUUCAAACAGUCUUGGAAUUCUAAUUGCAAUUUACGGCGGGUUAGUAGUAUACUUGGUAACCAAACCAGAUUACAAACGUGUUCCGAAACCAGAAAAUGGAGUUCUACUUACUGGUUCAUUAGAAUAGAUUUAAUAAUUUAAUUGUAAUUUUGUAUUAUUUUGUUAUUUUUUUUUAAAAAAAUUAUUUAUUUGCAUUUUUAUUAUUAUUUUAAGCUUUAAUAUUAAUUUUGUUUUGUUAUAUUUCAUAAUUUACCAUUUGUUAUAAGACACUUAUAUUAUUAUUAUUAAAUUUAUUGUCCAGUAAAAAUGUGGCAUUUAUCAGUAAUAAAUUAUAAAAUUUCAUUA